GAUUUGUCUACACUAUUUCCACGUAUCAUAAAGAUAAACUUCCAUCUCAGUGGAUAUUUGCAGAGAAGAGUGGAAAACAGGAACUUCAGUGGCAAGAAGGAACAUAAUGAGCCAAUCUCUGGAUAAUUCCUGGCAUCAGCAACUCAACGUUCCCAGACGCUUCGAAGUUCCAUAUUUAAAUUCAAGAUAUGGAGUUGAGCGUGAGGACAUUCAUCCGCAGUACCGCACAACGAGCACCGACUAUGGCUGGCAUGUUCCACCCCCACUGGAUCCCCAGAGGUACUUCCCGCUGAAGCAAACAUUCACAUCCCAACUAUCAAAGAGUGGCAUGUACCGAAACUACUCACUAAAUACACAACUCGAUGGCAGUUACAUCCAAUGAAGAUUUUUCAAAUCUUUAUUUCUCCAUUUUCUCUUUGGAACCCAUAUUAAGUUUUUUUUUCUUCAUUUUAACAAUUUUCACAACACAUAUUUAUGUUUUUUUUUUCAUUAGGGUAAUUGUUAAUUCUUUAUUAACGGAAUAAGGAUUUUUUUUGUAUUUAUGCAUAAUUUAUAAUGUAUACUGAAUAGGUAUUUUUUAUGAUAGGUAUAUAAUAGUUUUUUGUAAGGAAAAAUUGUAUUUUUAACAUCUUGAACAAUCAUAAAUGUCCAAAGGUCUGCAUUUCAUUUUCACAAGUUCGCAAAAUUUGUUGUUUUUUUUUAGUUGAAAGUACAUGAUUUUUUU